AUGAGUCUACCGCUUACAAGAAAAGAUCUCAUGAUAGUCAAUAUGGGCCCUCACCACCCAUCAAUGCAUGGUGUUCUUCGACUGAUCGUUACUCUCGAUGGUGAAGAUGUUAUUGAUUGUGAACCCAUAUUAGGCUAUUUACACAGAGGAAUGGAAAAAAUUGCGGAAAACCGAACUAUUAUACAAUACUUACCUUAUGUAACACGUUGGGAUUAUUUAGCUACUAUGUUUACAGAAGCAAUAACCGUAAAUGCACCAGAAUUCUUGGAGAAUAUUCAAAUACCCCAAAGAGCCAGCUAUAUUAGGGUAAUUAUGUUAGAAUUGAGCCGCGUAGCUUCUCACUUGUUAUGGCUUGGACCUUUUAUGGCAGAUCUCGGCGCGCAGACUCCCUUUUUUUAUAUUUUUAGAGAGAGAGAAUUAAUAUAUGAUCUAUUUGAAGCUGCUACAGGUAUGCGAAUGAUGCAUAAUUACUUUCGCAUCGGAGGAGUUGCUGCCGAUCUGCCUUAUGGAUGGAUCGAUAAAUGUUUAGAUUUCUGCGAUUAUUUUUUACGAGGAGUUAUUGAAUAUCAACAACUUAUUACACAGAACCCCAUUUUUUUAGAACGAGUUGAAGGAGUUGGUUUUAUUAGCGGAGAAGAGGCUGUAAAUUGGGGCUUAUCGGGCCCUAUCUUACGAGCUUCUGGAAUACAGUGGGAUCUUCGUAAAGUUGAUCUUUACGAGUCUUACAAUCAAUUCGAUUGGAAAGUCCAAUGGCAAAAAGAAGGGGAUUCGUUAGCUCGCUAUUUAGUACGAAUCAGUGAAAUGAGGGAAUCAAUCAAAAUUAUUCAACAGGCUGUAGAGAAAAUUCCCGGGGGCCCUUAUGAGAAUUUAGAAGUCCGACGCUUUAAGAAAGCAAAGAAUUCCGAAUGGAAUGAUUUUGAAUAUCGAUUUCUUGGUAAAAAACCUUCCCCCAAUUUUGAAUUGUCAAAGCAAGAGCUUUAUGUAAGAGUGGAAGCUCCAAAAGGUGAAUUAGGAAUUUAUCUGGUAGGAGAUGAUAGUCUUUUCCCUUGGAGAUGGAAAAUUCGUCCACCCGGUUUUAUUAAUUUACAAAUUCUUCCUCAGCUAGUCAAAAAAAUGAAAUUGGCUGAUAUCAUGACGAUAUUAGGUAGUAUAGAUAUCAUUAUGGGAGAAGUUGAUCGUUGA